AGUUUGGCGCCGAAUCAUUAUUGAAUAAGAAUCAAAACAAUAAUUUGCUAAAAUCGCGUAAAUCUCAAAAUAAAGUUAAUAAAAUGUCCAAAGAUAUUCGCUCAUUCUUCAAAAUUGCUGAUAAAUCAUCAAAAAUUACUUUCGAUUCGAAACAAAAAAGAAAAGCCGAAAAAAUCGAUUCAAGUGACGAUGAAAAGAGAACAGCAGGAUCAGUAAAGUCAAAGGAUUCAAAAAAGAAACGAAGGAUCAUUGAUUCUGACGAUGAUGAGCUUGCCACCAAAGUAAAUUCAUCGCUACCAGCAAAAAAGGAUAAAAAGUCUUCAACAAAGAAUGGAAACAAGUUGAUUGAAGUAGAUGUGUUCAGUAUGUUUGGAAGUGAACCAGUGAAAAGAAAAGAACGACCAAAAGCUGAAACAGUUUCACAAAAUACUUCUGUAGUCGCCGUUGAUGUCGAUGAUGAUGAAGCUGACCUUGAAUUGAAUGCUUCAUUAAUUGCUGCUGAAAUUGAGAGGAAAGAAUCUACUAAAAAGUCCCCCAAUAAAGAAACAAAAAAGACUCCUUCAAAGACUAAGAGAGAAAGUGUUGAGCAUAAUGAAAUUAAUUUAGUUUCUCCAUCUCCUAAGAAACCAAAAUUGUCUUCUCUGUUAUCCAAAGAAGAUAAAGUAGCAUCGUCGUCUCACGAGGUUCCUGAGAAGACUAAAAUAUCAUCGCCAUCACCAAAAAAAAUUAAAGAAACUCCACCAAUUAAGAAAAAAACGUCAGCCAAAAAAGAGAAGAAAAGUAAAGAAACAACCUUCGAAGAUGAUGAAGCUCGUCAUGAACGUAAACAACUAACAGCAAUUUUAUAUCAGAAGUUUAUGAAUCGUACAAGUGUCAUCAAUCAUGGAUGUAAGGAAAUUCCUGAUGGAAAAACCGAUUGCCUCAAAGGACAUCAAUUUGUCAUUACUGGAAUUUUAGAAUCGAUGGAAAGAGACGAAGCAGUUGAUCUGAUUAAGAAAUGUGGGGGAAUUGUUGUGUCUGGUUUAUCUAAGAAAGUUACUCACAUAAUAGUCGGUGAAGAAGCUGGUCCUGCAAAGAUUGCCAAGGCCAAAGACAUGGGAAUCAAGGAAAUGACUGAAGAUGAUCUUUUAAGCUUAAUUCGCAAGAAAUCCGGACUUCCAGAUGUCUCUACAAAGCAAGAAAAUAUUCAGAAGGAUUCACCAGGGAAAGAAAAUCGUGAAAUAAAAUUAGAAAAAGAAGAUGUGAAGCCAAUUGCAUCAACUCAGGUGAAGCAACAGCCACAGGCAGUUCAACCCAACAAAAUAGCAUCAAAGAAUUUGGAUGAUUUCUCAUUCGUAGAUAAAUACAAACCAACAUCAGUGACGCAGAUUAUUGGUCAACAGGGUUCGAGUGGAAACGCACAAAAACUCAUUAAUUGGCUUACUAAAUGGCAUUCAAAUAAUGAUGGGAAGAAGAAACAUGUGAAGCCAAGUCCAUGGGCAAGAGAUAAUGAUGGAAGUGCUUUUAAAGCUGCUCUGCUUUCGGGCCCUCCAGGUGUUGGUAAAACAACAACAGCACAUAUUGUCGCGAGAGAAUUGAUGUUUGAUAUCGUCGAAUUUAAUGCUUCAGAUACUCGAAGUAAGAAAUUACUCAAGGAAGAAGUUUCGUCACUUUUGUCCAACAAAUCACUUGCUGGUUAUUUGAAUGGAAGUGACUCGAAAGUCUCAAGUCGUCAUGUAUUGAUUAUGGAUGAAGUUGAUGGAAUGGCAGGAAAUGAAGAUCGCGGUGGCAUCGCUGAACUUAUCAGUUUGAUCAAGGAAUCUCACAUUCCAAUUAUUUGCAUGUGUAAUGAUCGAAAUCAUUCAAAAAUUCGAUCACUUGCUAAUCAUUGCUUUGAUUUACGCUUCAAUAAGCCAUCAGUUAAUCAGAUUCGAAGCGCAAUGAUGAGCAUUUGUUUCAAAGAAAACAUUAAAUUGGAAGCUGGAGCAAUUGAUUCAAUCAUAAGUGGAACUGGAAAUGAUAUUCGUCAAACAUUGAAUCAUCUUGCUUUAUAUAGCGCUUCAAAAGGUGCAACGAUUGGAGCAGGAGAUGCAAAGAAAAAUGCUGAAAUGUCUGAGAAGGAUAUCAAAAUGGGACCAUUUGAAGCUAUUCGGAAAGUUUUCUCAGCUGAUGAACAUAAGAAAAUGUCAUUCAAUGAUAAAAGCGAUUUAUUUUUUCACGAUUACAAUUUGAUGCCACUUUUUGUUCAAGAAAAUUAUCUUCAUGUGAAACCAAAUUGUGAAAAGACGGAGAUUCUUAAUAGAGUAGCAUUGGCGGCUGAUUCACUGAGUAUUGGUGAUUUGGUUGAGAAAAAGAUUCGUUCAAAUAUGGCUUGGUCUUUAUUGCCUACACAAGCAGUGUUCAGUUCGGUUUUGCCAGGUGAAUAUAUGGAAGGAACAUUUGCAUCGGCAGUGAACUUCCCUGCUUGGUUGGGUAAGACGUCAAGAUCUAAUAAAAGGAAAAGAAUGGCCCAAGAAGUGCAUGAUCAUACUCGAAGUGUGACAUCAGGUUCUCGCUUAUCUGUUCGUUUAGAUUAUGCUCAAUUCUUAGUACAAGCGAUUGUUAGACCAUUGAAAGAAAAAGGCCUUGAAGGUGUUCAUGAGUCAUUGGAAGUUAUUAAAGAAUAUCGAUUGUUGCGAGAAGACAUUGAAUCAUUAUUGGAGCUCACUUCAUGGCCAAAAAUGAAGAAUCCUUGGGAUUCAAUCGAUAGUAAAGUAAAAGCUGCUUUGACACGAGCUUAUAACAAAGAAGUUCAACCUUAUGCGUAUUCAGCGCAAACUGGUGUUAAGAAGAAGAAUGUGAGAGCGACAGAAGCUGAAGGAUUUGAUUAUGACGAAGAUGCAGCUGCUCUAGAACAAUCUGAUGAAGAGGAUGAUUCAUUGGAAAAAAAUACUAUGAUUAAAAUUAAGAAACCAUCAAUGGCAAAAGAUACAAAAUCGGGAUCAUCAAAACCAUCAACUUCAGCAAAAGCAAGCAGUUCAAAAUCAAAAGGUGGAAAAAGUAAAAAAGGAAACUAAAUAUUUUGGUUAAGUGUGUUUAAAUGCUUUGUUUGAUAAUAAAACGUAGUUCGUUAUAAUUUUAAUGUUUUCAACCAAAUAACAUUUAAGUUUGUUGAAACUACUGAAAAUUUACAAAUUAUUUUUUAACGAUUUUAUUAUUUUGAAAUGAGCUUUUAAUGUUUCAUAUUUCAGCAUGUU